UAGUGACUGAAAUUCAGGUCUUUGGUGACUUAUAUAUACUCCUGUGAAAGGCAGCCAUCCCAGUUUUUACAGUGAGCAAAACUACAAACUCUGGAUUUGUUGGGAUUUCUGAUUGAAUUUCAAACCAGGAAAAUAUCACAGAGACCCACCAUGAAGCUGAUAUCCAUCUUGCUGCUGGUGAUCAUUAGUAUUUGUAGUUACUCUGCUACUGCCUUCUUCUUCAACAGUGUCCCUCUCCCUGUUGACAAAGUGUUACCUUUACCUGUGGACAACCUUCUUCCCUUAUUUGAUCCAUUGAAGAUGCUCCUGAAAACCCUGGGUAUUUCUGUAGAACAUCUGGUGGAAGGGCUGAGGAAGUGUGUGGAUGAUCUGGCACCAGAAGCUUCAGAGGCUGUGAAGAAACUUCUGGAGGCCUUAUCACACCUGGUGUGACAUCUGAAUACAGAGAGUAGAGUUGGGAAUGGAGAUGUGUGUCCAUCCUCACUGGCUGGAUCUCAUUCUACAAGUCCUAGACCUACUGUCCUAAAGUGUAGUGACUCUAGAAAAGAAUGAAUAAAGCAAUGAAAAGA